AUGCAUUUUGCUAUUUGGAACAUUAGAGGAUUUAAUAAAUCCUCUAAGCAUACAAUAGUUAAGCAUUUUAUACAAGAGUAUAAACUCUCUUUAAUAGCUCUCCUAGAAACUAAGAUUCCUGAAAAUAAGCUCCCUAUGUUAGCAAGGAAAAUUACAAAAAGCUGGAAUUGGAUAUCAAAUGUGCAUGAAGCCAGAAAAUGCAGAAUAUGGAUACUCUGGGAUUAUGAGUCCUUGUCAAUACAAAAUGUUAUAUCAACUGAGCAAUUCAUUACUUUCUCUAUUGAAUCCAGAUAUGGUAAAUUCUCUAGUUUAUGCACAAUAGUUUAUGCACUCAAUCAAAUGUCAAGCAGGAAAAUCCUUUGGAGGAAACUGUUGGAAUAUAAGCAAAAUGUAACUGGUCCAUGGAUUAUUGGAGGGGACUUUAAUACAAUUGCAAGUAGUGAAGAGAAAAUUGGAGGAUUGCCAGUAUCUGAAGCUGAUACAGAAGAUUUCCAAAAUUUCAUCAACACUGGUCAAUUGAUGCAUUUAAGAACUACUGGCUGCUAUUUUACUUGGUGCAAUAAGCAAGAGGCAGAGAGCAGAAUCUGGACCAGAUUAGACAGAUGUAAGCAAGAAGCAGAGAGCAGAAUCUGGACCAGAUUAGACAGAUGUUUAAUCAAUGAAGACUGGGUUCAUCUUUAUACCUCCAGUCAGGUGGAAUAUCUUAUGCCUAGAUGCUCUGAUCAUUCUCCAGCUUUAUUAUCCAUUGUUGAUGAUGAUGUGGAGGGUAAAAGACCAUUCAAAUUCUUUAAUAUGUGGGUGAAACAUUCUGAUUAUUUCUCAACUGUUAAGUCAAUUUGGGAGCAAAAUAUUGAAGGAUACAAAAUGUUCAGUUUCCACUCUAAGCUCAAAAAGCUGAAGUAUGCUUUAAAGGAAUUGAACAAAAAGCACUUCAUGAAUAUAAGUGAGCAAAUUUGUAGAGCAAAGGUUGAGCUAGAUGAUUUACAGAGACAGCUUAGCAAUAAUCUCUUCAGCUCAGACUUAAUUGCAAGAGAAAAAGAAUGCAUCAAGAAAUAUGACAGGUUGCUUGACUGUGGAUACUCAUUUUACAAGCAAAAACCCAAUAUUAACUGGAGUCUGCAAGGGCAUAAUGGGUCAAAGUUAUUCCAUUCUAUCAUGAAAAAGAAAAGACAUCUCAAUAAAUUCUGUCACUUCAUAUUGAGGAUGGGAUUAGAAUUACUGAUAAAUCUCAGGUGA